GAUUGAAUAGCCUAAUUUAUACGUGUAAAAUUAACAUAAUUAUUGGCAAACGUUUUUAGUAUGAUGUUACGGUCAAAAAGGAAAUCAAAAUCCCCAUAUGCCAGGCCAACACGUGCACCGGCCGCCGCCAGAAAAGCAGUGUCAGUCAGUAAUAGCAACCGCCAGACACCUGAUGAUGCUGACCCCCAGGCAGUAGCAAAGGCAACGGAAUCAUUGAAUUUGGAUACCCACUCUGAUGGCAGUGGUCCAGCGUUACAUCAACCACUCAUACUUGGACCUUCAUCGUCAAUGGCAGCCCAUUCAUCAGUUAUAAUCCAAUCAACGUCAUGGCUUUACUUUGGUCCUGCUGAACAUCAAGCUGGUCGGCCAGACUGCAGAAUUUUGCAACAAGCCAUCGCUGGCAACUUCUGUUCACCGUCCAGGGUUGCCAGCAAUACAUGGCUCCUUGUUAUCAUUAUAUAUAAUGACUAA